UUCUGGGUUAAGUGGGCAUUGUGUCAAGAAGCAGUCCGGCUUGGUUGGGUUGUGUUUCGGAGGACGCAUGGCUCUCAACCUUCGCCUCUCCCGAGUCCGUACGGGAGUUGCAGAGAUGAGACGAGACUGUUACUACCAAUUAGAUACCACACAAUUAAAUUGGGGAGAAAAAGGGGUGACCCAGAUGCUGUAUGGGUUUCUGGUUAGAUCCAACAACAGCUGGUUUCAGGCAGUGAUGGCCCCAGAACUGAAGGACAUCCUCCAGCCCAACCCACCCCAGUACUACGUUGGUGUUGCCAAGUCGUCCCAUCAGGCUAAUGCACUGACCUAUCUGGUCCAAUGUCUCCUGGCUAAUUUAACGGGAUCAGCCACCAACCUCACCCAGAGCCAGUGCAAGAAGCCAGAUGAGCUGCCGAACGAGAGCACAUAUUUGUACUCUUAUCUCUGGGUUCAGGGCGUGGUCCCACCCAACAGCACCCAGAGGGAGUCUUUCUGCGUACGCACAGCAGUACGCCUGGUCAAGGCAGUGUCCCCCGCCUUCGAUCUGGGGGAUUACAUUUCCAAAGAAUAUUCCACAUGGACAAAAUCGCAGUGGAAGUUCAUCAAAGCUCAAAUUUUCCUAGUUGCCAGCUGGGAACUGGAGAUGCUGACCUUAGGCGUGGGAGUGGCCGUGUUGUUCACAUCGCUACUGGUCACAUACUUUGUCAGUACCAAGGCAGAUGUCCUCUUCAGCUCCGUCAGGGAACCCAACAACGCCGCAUACUGAUUGCCUCAUACUAACCUGUGACCAGCGACCACUACUCUCACAACCAAACCGUUUUUUUUUUACACACAAUAGGUAUACAGACAUAUAGACAGACAGGUUAGGGUGACCAACAGACAGGUUAGGCAGAACUUGAGGUUUUAACUCACAGUGAAUGGCCUGUUUGGACUCAAACAGAUGAGUUUUAACACAUAACCGGAUUUGAUUGGCCUGGAUGGAUGUGGACUCAACAGGGUCAGAUUGCCACCAGUGUAAAAUAUGUUCAUAUUUAAUUUUUUUUGUUUUGUCAAAUAAUGUUUUGUUUACUGUAUCAUGGGAUUAGGCACUAAACGUUGUUUGACCUUGACGUGUGUGUGUGUCCAAAUGGUGAGUGUUUGCGAGCAUGUGCAAGUGUGUUUAUUGAGUAUGCGGUUGUAGUAUGUACAAUAGCUUUCCUGUCAUUUCUCAGGAGAAUGAAACCUUAUGUCGGCAAAUGGACUUUGGAUGUGGGUUCAGCUGAAUGACCAUUACUAUGCUUAAACAUUCAGAUAUCCAAAUAGUAUUUUUUUAUUUGGUUUGCAGUCUUUAAAAAAUCAACUUUAUUUUAAGUCUAGACAUAAAUUGCAGGAUUUAAUAACAUCAUGCCCACAUGUUUUUAAUCAUGUAAUUGAUGGAAUUGUUAAUUGACCUGGGUUUUUUUGUAUGUGAAGGUGAUCUCUGAUUUUGACCAACUGGGGAAUAAAUGUGAUUAUUGCCUUGAUAACAGGUUGCAAUUGUAAAUGAGCGCUGGUUCUCAACUUGCCUACCUGGUUAAAUAAAGGAGAGAGAACUAAAUAAACAUGGCCUUUUUUCCUAUCUAAUGUUGCUUCUCUACUAUUUCCCAGCAUGGUUUUGGUACAGGACAUGGUCUAGGACAGGAGAAGGUACUAAAGUAUGCAAUUACAUACAGUGCCUUCAGAAACUAUUCACACCCCUUUUUCCACAUUUUGU